UCCAAGAGAAAGCCUGCGUAUUACGCCAUCGGCGUAGUUUAUGCCUUUUCCAUACAUAGCUAGCAAGAGCGUUUCCGACACACGCCAAGAAGAAAAACCCUCCCACCGCCUCUCUCUUUCUCUCUCUCACCUUCUUCCAUCUUUCAGGGGUUAGGAUUUUACUGAUACCGAUCUUCUCUUCUGCAAUAAGCAAUGGCGGAUCGAUUGACUCGAAUUGCCAUCGUCAGCUCGGAUCGUUGCAAGCCUAAGAAGUGUCGCCAGGAAUGCAAGAAGAGCUGUCCGGUCGUUAAAACAGGUAAACUGUGUAUAGAAGUCACACCUGCAUCUAAGAUUGCUUUUAUUUCUGAAGAAUUAUGCAUUGGAUGCGGUAUCUGUGUCAAGAAAUGCCCAUUUGAGGCCAUCCAGAUCAUCAAUUUGCCAAAAGAUCUGGAUAAAGAUACAACCCAUCGUUAUGGCCCAAACACAUUCAAGUUGCACAGGCUACCCGUUCCAAGACCUGGGCAAGUUCUUGGCUUAGUUGGAACAAAUGGCAUUGGAAAAUCCACUGCACUCAAAGUUUUGGCUGGGAAACUGAAACCUAAUUUGGGUCGUUUCAAUAAUCCCCCUGAUUGGCAAGAAAUAUUGACUUACUUCCGAGGUUCUGAGCUGCAAAAUUAUUUCACGCGUAUUUUGGAAGACAAUUUGAAGGCAAUCAUCAAGCCCCAGUAUGUUGACCAUAUUCCAAAAGCAGUCCAAGGCAAUGUGGGUCAGGUGCUUGACCAAAAGGAUGAGAGAGAGAUGAAGUCAGAACUUUGUGAAGAACUUGACCUGAAUCAGGUUAUAGAUCGAAAUGUGGGUGAUUUAUCAGGUGGAGAACUCCAAAGAUUUGCUAUUGCUGUUGUUGCCAUACAAAAUGCGGAGAUAUACAUGUUUGAUGAGCCUUCUAGUUAUCUUGAUGUGAAACAAAGACUUAAGGCUGCACAAGUCGUCCGAUCUUUGCUCAGGCCAAACAGCUAUGUCAUCGUUGUGGAGCAUGACCUAAGUGUCCUAGAUUACUUAUCGGACUUCAUUUGCUGCCUAUAUGGGAAGCCAGGAGCAUAUGGAGUUGUGACCCUUCCUUUCUCUGUUAGAGAAGGAAUUAAUAUCUUCUUGGCUGGAUUUGUCCCUACAGAGAAUCUAAGGUUCAGAGAUGAAUCUCUUACAUUUAAGGUUGCUGAGACUCCACAAGAAAAUGCUGAGGAGAUUCAAACAUAUGCACGAUAUAGAUACCCCACCAUGACUAAAUGUCAGGGAAAUUUCAAGCUUCGUGUGCUUGAGGGUGAAUUUACUGAUUCUCAGAUUAUUGUAAUGCUGGGUGAGAAUGGGACUGGGAAGACAACAUUUAUCCGCAUGCUGGCUGGUUUAUUGAAGCCCGAUGUAGUGGAGGGUUCUGAUGUGGAAAUACCUGAGUUCAAUGUUUCUUACAAGCCACAGAAAAUCAGUCCGAAAUUUCAAUCUAAAGUCAGGAACUUGUUACAUCAAAAGAUCCGUGAUUCAUAUAUGCAUCCUCAGUUUGUAUCAGAUGUCAUGAAACCCCUUCUAAUUGAGCAAUUAAUGGAUCAGGAAGUUGUGAAUCUCUCUGGUGGGGAGUUGCAAAGGGUUGCAUUAUGCCUAUGUCUUGGAAAGCCUGCAGACAUUUAUCUGAUAGAUGAACCAAGUGCCUAUCUUGAUUCAGAGCAGCGUAUCGUAGCUUCUAAAGUUAUCAAGAGAUUUAUUCUACACGCUAAGAAAACUGCUUUCGUUGUUGAGCAUGACUUCAUAAUGGCAACUUAUCUGGCAGAUAGAGUUAUUGUUUACGAGGGAAAACCAUCUGUGGAUUGUAGUGCUAAUGCUCCACAGUCCUUGUUGACAGGGAUGAACCUUUUCUUAUCUCAUCUGAAUAUUACAUUUAGACGGGACCCAACUAACUAUCGGCCACGAAUAAACAAAUUGGAUUCAACAAAGGAUCGGGAACAAAAAACUGCUGGGUCCUAUUACUAUCUUGAUGAUUGACAAAGUUUCAUUCAGAGGUAUUUCCAUGCUUGUGUAAGAUUAAACGGGUGGAUUUUUACACUAGUUUUGCCUGUGUGGGUGAGUCAUCUUCUGACCCCCAAAGCCGGAUUAUGGUUUUCCAAGAGGCAUUUCUCUGGUUAUGUACGAUUAAGUAGGCAUGUGGUUCAGCUAGGUGUGGAGCUUGGUUGAUUCAUCUCCUGACAUCUGGACAAGGGGGCAAACUUUUUUAUCCGUCAUAUAGACCGUCUGUUCAAUGGAUACAUUGGCAAGUCAUGUAUUUGUUCCACCUUUGUUUUUACUUAAUUAUUUCUUUUAGUAAGUUUGAAGUGAGUGGAUUAGAAACUUUAUGUUAGCCUGUAUUCCUCUUACAUUCUUCAAAUGAGCUGUUGACGCCUUGUAUUUUCACAAAAUUACGACUCCAGGUGGGAAAAAAGAUUUUGUGCUAUGCAACAAAAUUUUGAUAAAUUUAUUUAGAGUUUGAUACGUACUCGGGAAUCA